GGAUGAGCGCGUGGCGCUGCGCGGCCCAGGACUGGCGGCGGGGCAAGGGCUUGGCUCUCCGCCUCUGCCUGCUGCUCUCGGCCACCCUCGUCCUGUGCCUCCGACUUGGGCUCAGGCGCUCUUGGGCGGGGGUCGAUGCCAAGCCCGCGGUGACGGAGCGCGAGUCCGGACUCCCGCCGGCUGGCCGCAGGGUCCACGGGGCGAACGAGGCGUCCAGCGCCGGCAGGAGGCGGCAGGUCACCUACGUCAGGAGCGGCCGCCGGAGGAGCCCCGCAGAGCCCACCUGCUGCCUUCAGGGGGCGCCCCCGCGCAGGAAGACUAUACGCUGGCACAUAGACUUGCAACCCUGGGCAAGUCCUACACCAUCCCUGAGUGAUGAAGCCUUCAGGCUCUUAAAGUAUAUCAGCACUGCCCAGAUUUCAUGCAAUCGUAUGAACAUGAAGGACCUCCCAAGAAACCUUGACAGCCUAAAGAGGCCAUGGUCAGUCUGCUUGGAUGAUAGAUUUAAUUUAGUUCAUCAAAUCAAAAGCAAGCAGUGCCGUCUGUAUUCACUGGGAUUGGGCAGUGAUGACAACCAGUUUGAGAUCAGCAUGGCUGACAGUGGAUGUGAGGUGCAUCGCUUUGACCCUAGUAUCAAAUUGGCGCACGUUCAGGAAGGGCAGCACCUCUGGUACCAUCGCCUGUCCAUAGACUGGCGGGAUCCCAACCCAAUGAUUGCUGCUCAUAAGCUUCACACCAACACCAAGAAGCUUGGUACCAUAUUGAAUGACUUUGGGCAUCACAAGAUAGAUGUCCUUAAAGCAGACAUGGAAAGUGCAGAGUGGAAAAUUUUGGAAAACCUGAUCCUGGAGGACACUGUGGAACAAAUAGGACAACUGGUCUUUGAAAUCCACGUUCAUUGGCCUGGGUUUGAGGUCAGUGGCAACGACAGUACUGUGGUUCGGUACUGGUACAGCCUUCUCAAAGAAUUAGAACUGAAGGACUUCAGGCUUUUUCAUACUUACAAAGACUUAUCGAAACCACAGAUGUUUCUAAAAAGGGAAGCCUUCAAUGCAAGCAGCUGUUAUAGACUGAGCUGGGUGAAUACAAGAUGGAAAUAGAGGGCAUCUGUGAGCCUACAGAAUAGAACUGUGAAUCAUCCCCUUCAGCGGUAUCAUUGAAUGUGACUUUGGAGACGCUGACAGAAAUUAGCAAAUGUGCAAAUACAGAAGCCGUAAUAUCUAACAUCCAUAAAAGGAAGAUUUCAACACACACACACAGCAUUAUCCCCCAAAAUGCAAAGGCACAUCUUCCAUCUCCUAGAACAAGGGAAAAGCCUGAAUUUAAAAUAUAUUGUUUGCUUCAUUUAUGCAGAGUUGUGGAUCAUGCCCUUUGUCCUGUUGUUUUGAUUAAAAUCACAAAAUGUAUGAAUAGAAGUGGUUGCUUCAUGGCUGAACAGAAAAGAUUUUAGCACAAACUAGUUUAAAAUACAGAGUGUUUCUUCUGGAGCCAUGGGUGGGGCUGAGACUUACUGGAUUUUCUCCUACAAAGGAUACCAACAUUUACUCUUUUCAGUAUGUCCCUCCCACCCCUUUAACUUUCCGUAUUAUUUUCUUUCCAUCUUUGCUUCCUGGCUUAUGGAUGAUUAUUUCCUUACACUAUUCCGCCUUUGCCUUUAUGUCUUUUUUGCUUCUCAUUGCAGGUGACAGCCCUUUCUCAACAUGUGUCUUUCUUUUCUGUUGCACCAUCCUCCUCGUGCCGCUUCUGCUUACCGUUGAUGAGUGUCGCCCCUUGUAUUGUGUGUAAAGUGGCUGAUGCAGACAUGUCUGCAUCAGUUCACCCUGCUCCUUCCACAAUUCUCUUUAGCAAAUACAGUGAACGCUAACAUCGCCCCCUUUUUUGCCUUCCAGUAGCAAAGUGGGUUGCUCUCCUCCCAGUCUCUCUUUUCUGCAAUUCACCAUUCAGAAGGUAAGGCUACUGCAGCAAUUCUGCUUGCUUUUCACAACUCUUACAGCUUUCUAUGUGAGGUAAGGAAAGAAA